CAAGGACGGGAUCAGCUGCGGUACGUAGAGAAAUUACUCCGUCGAAACAAAGAGCUUACCUCAUAGGCCGUUCGAUCAUUUUUGUAUUGGGUUUUCGCGUAGAGGGAUGGCAGGAGGACAUGGAGAGGGCUACACUUACAAGGGCUUGACUUUGCAUCAGCCAAAGCGAUGGCAUACUGUUACAGGGAAGGGCUUGUGUGCUGUCAUGUGGUUUUGGGUCCUGUACAGGGCUAAGCAAGAUGGUCCUGUAGUAUUGGGCUGGAGGCAUCCUUGGGAAGGCCAUGAUGACCAUGGCCAUGAACACUAGGCGUUUAUUUUUAUGAUUGCAGAAAUUGCAUGGAGAGCCACAGAUGAAAGCAUAAAUGUUUUGCUGGUUGGUCAUAGGCACUGAAUGUUAUUUGGACAGCUUUGGUUAGUUCUUCUAUUCAAUAAAGUGCUUGUCAACGAGACAUUGUCAUAGGUUUAAUGUGAUGAAUAAAACAACAUUCGAAUGUGUUAGAUUGUCAGAA